CCCUGGGUUCCCUCUCACGCCUUAGGUCGCGGGUGGGGGAGGUAUAGGGUCAGGGACUCUGGAAGCCCGAGACGUCGUGUGGGGUUUUAGCAGACUGGGGGAGCCAGGGAGCAGUGUCUUUGGAAGAAGCCCUGUUGCUCAGGAGCACGUAACCGAGGGCUGAACUUUUGGGGCUUUGCUGAGAGGAGUGCGGUCUGGCUUUGGAUGCGUAGGCUUGGGGCUGGGCCGGGCGGGGCUUUCUCUCCGGAUCCUAUUUUAAGAGAUUCCCCACCUUGCAUAUCGUGUUUUACAUCCACAUCGAGAGAAGCUCCCCUGCCCCACACCCCGCUUUUAUUUGCGCGGAGACUUCCUGUUGUUGAUUUCCUUUGGCUGUUAGUAGGCAAUCCUGCAGGUCUGGUGUCUGUUUUUUCUUUGUAAAUGUGGACACUUGUCCCGGUUUGUUUUAUCAAGCUUAUGGCAAAGGGUCAGUUAUGCCUGGAAUAUUUGGUUUCUGUCUGCGAAGCAGUUCCUAGUUAAAGAUGAGAAUGUGAGCAUGUUUUUAAAAAGAGAACAUUCCAAAAAUAUUCUUGAUUGGGGGAUGGUGUCUAUGAUACCUUCAUGAUGAUAGAUGAAACCAAAUGCCCACCCUGUUCAAAUGUACUCUGCAAUCCUUCUGAACCACCUCUACCCAGAAGACUAAAUAUUACCACUGAGCAGUUAAUAAGAGAUCAUACUCAGCACUGUCUGAAUGGAGGUGAGAUGAAGGUGGAACAGCUGUUCCAAGAAUUUGGCAGCAAACGACUCGAUAUUCUUACGUCAGAUGGUACCAAUGACUCUGAAAAAUGCUCCCCUACUGUUUCUCAGGUCAAAAGUUCAGAUAACUUGUAUUCAGUAAAAUCCAGCAGUUCAUCCAAAGCACCCAAAGUGGUGCCUCUGACUCCAGAACAAGCACUGAAGCAAUAUAAGCACCACCUCACUGCUUAUGAGAAGCUGGAAAUUGUCAGUUAUCCAGAAAUUUACUUUGUGGGUCCAAAUGCCAAAAAAAGAAAUGGAGUUAUUGGUGGACCCAAUAACGGGGGAUAUGAUGAUGCAGAUGGGUCCUAUAUUCACGUACCUCGAGACCAUCUUGCUUAUCGAUAUGAGGUGCUGAAAAUUAUUGGCAAGGGGAGUUUCGGGCAGGUAGCCCGGGUCUAUGAUCACAAACUUCGACAGUAUGUGGCCCUAAAAAUGGUGCGAAAUGAGAAGCGUUUCCAUCGUCAAGCAGCUGAGGAGAUCCGGAUUUUGGAGCAUCUUAAAAAACAGGAUAAAACUGGUAGCAUGAACGUUAUCCACAUGCUGGAAAGUUUCACGUUUCGGAACCACGUUUGCAUGGCCUUUGAACUGCUGAGCAUAGACCUGUAUGAGCUCAUCAAAAAAAACAAAUUUCAAGGUUUUAGCGUACAGUUAGUACGAAAGUUUGCCCAAUCCAUCUUGCAAUCUUUGGAUGCUCUCCACAAAAAUAAGAUUAUUCACUGCGACCUAAAGCCAGAAAACAUUCUCCUGAAACACCAUGGGCGCAGCGCAACCAAGGUCAUUGACUUUGGGUCCAGUUGUUUCGAGUACCAGAAGCUUUACACGUAUAUCCAGUCUCGAUUCUACAGAGCUCCGGAGAUCAUCCUAGGGAGCCGCUACAGCACACCUAUUGACAUAUGGAGUUUUGGCUGCAUCCUUGCAGAACUGUUAACAGGACAGCCUCUCUUCCCUGGAGAGGAUGAAGGAGACCAGUUGGCCUGCAUGAUGGAGCUUUUAGGGAUGCCACCACCAAAACUUCUGGAACAAUCCAAACGCACCAAGUACUUUAUCAACUCCAAGGGCCUACCUCGCUAUUGCUCUGUGACUACGCAGGCGGAUGGGAGGGUUGUGCUUUUGGGGGGUCGUUCACGCAGGGGUAAAAAGCGGGGUCCCCCAGGCAGCAAAGACUGGGCGACAGCACUGAAAGGGUGUGACGACUACUUGUUUAUAGAGUUUUUAAAAAGGUGUCUUCACUGGGACCCCUCUGCCCGUCUGACCCCAGCCCAAGCAUUAAGACACCCUUGGAUUAGCAAGUCUAUGCCCAGAUCUCUUACCACUGUAGAUAAAGUGCCAGGGAAACGGGUAGUAAAUCCCACAAAUGCUUUCCAGGGACUGGGUUCCAAGCUGCCGCCAGUUGUUGGAAUAGCCAAUAAGCUUAAAGCUAACUUAAUGUCGGAAACCAAUGGCAGUAUACCUCUGUGCAGUGUAUUGCCAAAACUGAUUAGCUAAUGGACAGGAAUAUGCUCAGAGAUGCAUAUUUUUAAUUAUCUUAACAAACCUGCAAAUGGAAAAAAAAAAUGCAAGCCCAUUGGUGGAUAUGUUUUUGUUAGACUAGACAUUUUUUUAACAAGGCAAAACAUUUUUAUAUGACUGUAAAAGAAUUCUUCAAGGGCUAAUUACCUAACCAGCUUGUAUUGGCCAUCUGGAAUAUACAUUAAAUGACUUUUUAUAGGUCAAU